CAGCACUGGUUGCAUCGAACGACAACAAAUAAAAAAUUAGUUAACGGAAAAUGCAAAAAAAACAUGUAUAAAAUUAAACAAGAACAGCGACUAAGCAAAAUAAUUGCUAUUAAACGUCGCGUCUAAGAAGCACUUACUAAAGUAUCAAGAACAAGAAGAAGAACAAGAGAAGUUAGAGAGCAAACCAAUUGCAAGAUGAAUGUAAUGCGCAAGCUGCGCAGUGCUGCCAGCUCUGGUGGCAGCAGCAGCAGUAAUAGUAGUAGUCCUGGCAACAGAUCCACUUCAGACUCUCCAAACCCAACAUCAUCAUCAACUGGCGCCGCCAAUGGACGGGCAGGUGAAGAUGCUCUCCUCGAUGCCCGCAUUCAAAUGAGUUUGGCCACUUUGAAAAAACUCUUCAACGAGUAUACACAUCCCAAGGAACCACUUAGCGAACAGGAACGAGAUGCCAAACUUUAUGAAAUGUUGCCAUUAUUUUGCAAGGUCUUUAGCAGUUGCCCAGCUAAUGAUAUGAGUGAAAAGUUUUGGGAUGUGGUGGCAUUUUGUCAACAGGUCUCACGUCUAAUGGUCAGUGAGAUACGUAAACGGGCAUCGAAUCAAAGUACAGAGGCAGCUUCAAUAGCGAUUGUUAAAUUUCUGGAAGUGGAGACAACCGAGGAAACAAGCAGCGGUUGGAUGUUGUUGGCCACAUUGAAUCUAUUGGCCAAUGGUGAUGUUUCGCUUAUACAGGUGAUGACAGCUGCAGCUGUACCAUCAACAUUGGUGAAAUGUCUGUAUCUUUUCUUCGAUUUACCCGUUGUGGAUGACGAUGAACCACUUGAAGAUGGAGCCGCAAUUAGUGAUUUCAAUGCACAGGAACGUCGCACAUUGCUGCAAAAGGUUUUUGUUCAAUUGCUGGUCAAAUUGUGCUCCUAUCCCUAUCCCGCCGAUGAGUUAGCCCGCAUGGAUGAUUUAACGUUAUUAUUCUCAGCCAUAACGUCACCAUGUCCCAUACAUAAUAUUGUAUGGCGUAAGAAUGCAGCUGAAAUCUUAACAACUAUAUCAAGACAUGGUUUAACCGAUCCCGUUGUUAGUUAUAUACAUUCCAAGGGCUGCAUGGCUCUGUGUGUGGACAAUAUGCAACGUUUGACUUUUGGCAAUCCACUGGAGAUUGUUGAGAUGUUUGUCACUGUAUUUUGUUUUCUCAAAGAUUCUAGUCAAGUAUCACAGAUACUAAUGGAUGAUUUUCGCGCCUCCCAGGGCUAUGUGUUUCUCGGUGAUUUUCUGCUCAAAUUUGAUAACUCGCGUAGUCAAUCGUUGGAGAUUCAGGCAGCUAUACGCAAUCUUGUAUUAAUGAUCUCAUCGCUGUGCAUGUGCGGCUUCUAUGAGCUCAGACCGCCGGCAGCCCAAUUUAAUACCGCAUUCAAGUUGCAGAAUUUUCAAUUGCCACAGGCAAGUUCAAGAGAGACUUGUGUGAGAAAUGUUUAUGCCUUUCAGGUUCUUCAAACAGUUUUCCUUAAGUCGACAACUCCAGCUCUUUGCUGCACCAUAUUAGAUGCUAUAUCUCGAGUUUACCACUCGGAAAAUGCCAAUUACUUUAUUCUCGAAUCGGAGCACACAUUGAGCACAUUUGCCGAAAGGAUUCACCAGAAGAGUCCACAAAUUCAGGAGAAAUUCUUUGAUCUCUUGGAGUUCAUAGUCUUUCAAUUGAAUUUUGUGCCGUGUAAGGAGUUGAUUAGUUUAUCUUUGCUGCUUAAACACAAUCAAUCGACAUCGUGCAGCAUUCUUUGCCUAAAGACACUCUUGAACAUUCUACGGCAUAAUAGUGUCUUUAAAGAUGUCUAUCGCGAAGUGGGCAUAUUGGAGAUUCUUGUUGGCUGCUUGAAUCGUUAUGCCGACCAUGUCCAGGAGAUAACCAAUGGCGAUGAGUCUCUGGUGAUGGAUGAGACACAACAGGAAGAAGAGCAAAAACUAUUGGAUACAUUGGGCAAACAUGUAUUGGAAGCACUCACCAUGUUAUUGGGCGGUGGAGCUAAUAACAAUGCCCAAAUGUUUCGAGAAUACGGAGGAGCCAAGUGCAUACAUGAGUUGGUCAAGUUUAAACAUUGUCGUCCUCAAGCUUUGGGCAUUAUACGUGAACUGAUACUCUCCGCUGGCGGUGAUGACGAUAUGCUGUAUAUACUCUCAUUGAUGCACAGCAUUAGUCCACAUCAGGUGGAAUUUAAAAUACAGAUCUUGAACAUGCUCUUGGGGUGCCUCAAAGAUUCCCAUCGCACACGUACUGUCUUCCGGAAAGUGGGAGGAUUUGUCUAUCUGACAAGUGUUUUUGUCUCAUUGGAUGGUAGCAUGGCCCAGGCUCAACCAGGCAUAACACAACAGGAUCUCAUCCUACUGCUGCAGAUUGUGUGUCAGACUCUGGCCACGGCCAUGAGAUUCGAGCCGGCAAAUGCCAAGUUCUUUCACCAGGAGAUUAGCAGCAGUUCCCUCUGUGAUACACUACGUCUUCUUGGUUGCUUUGGAGCAGCCACCUCUCUACAGGAUUUCACUGGUGUCUAUGAGCCGCAGCAGUCGCUGCUAAAGUAUUAUCAUGAGGUCUUCAGUGGAGACAUUUUGAGUUUCAACUUUUCCGAGGACGUACCUCAUUCACUGUCAUAUGUCUGUGUAGUCUUUCGACUGCUCUACAGCAUAGCUCUGGAUAAUUUUGAAUCCCCCAAUCUGAGUGGUGUAAUUACUUUAUUCAAUGAUCCGCCAUCGCAUAAUCGUUCGCCCAGCAAAGAAUUGCUUGCUGCUGCUCCUGCACAUCCAAGUCAAUUGAAUCUCACGCAACCUGCUCCAGAGCCACGCAUAGUUCAUCCUGGCGUAGUUCUAUGCAUGCUCCAACUUUUACCUGGUAUCGAAAAUGAUGAUGCUCCGCUGCAGGCGGUUCAACUUCAGGUGUAUAUCAGUGAAAUCGUAAAAUCUCUAGUGCGAAAUGAACGCAAUCAGCAAAUUAUGUGUGAUCAUGGGUUGGCCGAGCAGUUGCUAAAGCUAACACGUCGUGCCCUGGCCGAAGAAAUGCAUCCACUGCAUGUGCCCAUGCAGUAUAUACUGGAACGUCUGGCGGCACAUGCUUUGCAACCCACAGAAUUGCGUCAGUUUCUACGCUUGGGGGAACCUUUAUCCUGUGCGGACAUUGAUCUGCAGCAACCCUACAAGCUGGGGGGACCUGUUCCACUGACACGAAUCAAGACAUUGGUUUCAAUGACCACUCCACGAGACUUCCGAGCUCAUGGCUCAAGCACAUUACCUCCAUUUGUCGAAUUGGACAUGAAUGCCGAAGGAUUUGGAUGUUUGUAUUUGCCAUCAUUAGCUCCGCAAGCCACAGCAACAGCGGGUGGAACUAUUGAUGCGAAUACAAUUGGCGGCAUCGGUGCUGGAGAUCGUAUCUUUCCACCGCAAACGGGUCUCACCUUCUCCACUUGGUUUUGUGUGGAGAAAUUCUCCGAUCCCAAAACAGAUCCACAUUGUGUGCGUCUGCUAACUUUGGUACGAACAAUACAUAACCCACGGGAGGAGAAUUUGGCCUGUCUGUCUAUUUUAUUGUCUGCCAGAGAUAAGGCGAUUGUGGUGUCGACCCAAGAGACACUGGUUACACCCAGAAAAAGCAUUGGCGAUUGGGAACCAGAGGGCUCUGAUGAUGGCAUUGCUCGUAUCUGGUGCCCAGAUCUUCUGCAUGAAGGCCAAUGGCAUAAUCUGGUCGUUGUGCUCAAUCGAGCUGUGCUCAAAAACUCAAGUUUAUCGCUCUAUCUGGAUGGUGUACCGAUGCACACACAAAAGCUUCAUUACAUAGCCCAACAUCCGGGAGCAGGAAGUGCUAAUCUUACAUCGGCAACGCAAAUAUUUGGAUAUAUAGGAACACCACCGAUUUGGCGUCGCUACUCGCGACUCUGCUGGAAACAGGGAGUCUGUCAUCUCCUCGAAGAUGUUCUAACCCAGCAAACAGUGCAGACGAUCUAUCAAUUGGGUCCGCAUUAUAUGGGCUCAUUGCAGGCACCACAAUUGGGUAAACAAUCAGAGCCCUUGGCUCCAUUAGUUCCCGAGGAUCGUGUGCUAUUGGGACUCAAUGCGAAGGCGGUAUCAAAAUUAACCCUGGUCAAGAUACGCAAGGUCUAUAGUCGAGCGGAUAACAAGAGUAUUGCCAAACAGUUGAAUAUGAACUCUCAUGAAAACGCCACGCCCAUUAAAAUCCUUCACAACUCUGCUGGCCAUUUGGCAGGCGCUGGACGCUCUUUAGGCGGCGUUGUGGUGGGCUAUUUGGGUGUGCGUGUAUUCAGUCCACAUCCAGUUUCGGCCAUGAUAGACACCGUGGGUGGCUGCAAUGUCCUCUUGGGCAUUAUUGCCAUGGCCCAAGAUGUGGAAUCAUUGUAUGCCGGAGUGAAAGCAUUGACCUGUGUGGUGAGAAGUAAUCGUGCAGCUCAAGCGGAAAUGGAUCGUAAACGUUGCUAUCAGACACUGGGCAUGUUCUUUAAGAAAAAGAAACAUCUGCUUAACUCUCACAUUUUGCACUUGACGUUUGGCCUUGUCGGCACCGUCAAUAGUGGCCAGGAUAUGUCAGCAAUUCCCAAUGUGACUGCAUUUCAGGAUUUACUAUGCGAUUUAGAGAUUUGGCAUAAUGCUCCAAAUGGUCUACUACGCUCUCUUCUCGAGCAUUUGCUCGAAUUAGUCGUGGAAUCCAAUGAGAAGAAGCAGAAUGUGAAAAUUAUGCGAGAUUUACAAUUGCUGGUGAAACUUUUGCACAUCAUAACGAACAUUCAGGAUCAUUCCACUAGGGAAAUACUCUUCCAACUGCUUGAGACUCUCUUGGGUGGACAACCCAGGCACACAGAUCUCUUGCUCUUUGGUCAGUAUAUAGCGGCCAAACUGCCAAAAGCCCAGCCCCCCGAUGGCACUGUGUCGGAACGGUCUGUGCUGCUGCCCAGCAUGAAACUUCCAUUGGACGAUCAGGAGUGUGUCGCUCAAAAUAUUUACUUACGCAAUCGCUGUCUCUCCUUGGUCCAUGGAUUACUUUUCACACCACGCAACACCGUCAACUAUGUCAUUUGCGAUGACAUAUCCAAAACUCUGGGCAUGGAUUGGUUACUGCUCUUCAUGCAACCCCAAGUUCACUUCACCACCGUCAUCAUUGCUGUGCGCAUUCUCGUGGUGGUUUGUGCCAACGAAAGCUUCAUGAUACGCUUCCGUGAUGCCACCCAUAAUGGUGGCUAUCUGCGAUUUACUGAAAUGGUUUCCCAACGUAAAAUGAUGGGCCUGGGUGCCCAGCAAUUGAACCAACGUCCAACGAAUGGCACCGGAACGGUUAUAGUGGCCACACCGCAAAAUACCAUUCAACAUUUACCCACCCAAAUAGCUGGGGAAGUGCGACCCGCAGCUCUCAAUAUACCAGGUUUCCAACUUCUCGAAUGGCUGAUGCAACAUCAUUUGGAUGUGCCUGAAUUAUACUUUUUGGUAACGGCUUUGAUUAUGGGUCAACCAGUCAAAGUCCUGGCCACGGAGCACACCAAAUUCGACUUGGAUCGUGUGUGGUCCUUCCUUUGGGGUGCUCCUGUGUCAGCUAAUACACAGUUGCCCAAACUAAAUGUUUGCCCGGAGGCUGUUUGUGUACUCCUGGCCAUGGUCAGGGCCAUAGUUCAUGGAGGAGAGUGUGCCACAUGGUUACACAGUCAUCCCGAAACCAUUAUACAGCUUCUGUUCAGUUUGUAUCAGAAUCUAAGUGAUUUUACACCCGUUAUGAUGGCUGGCGAUGUUAUUACCUCAUUGGUGGCAGUGCUUUUCCCACAAGUCACACGUCAGCAGAAAGCUGCCGAUUCGGAACCGAAUAGUGGUGCUUCCACACCAACAGAUGGUACGGGAAGCAGCUUUGUCUUGCCCACACCGGAGUCAUUGCAAGCGGCAGCUUUAAAUCAACCAAAACUGACAUCCCAUCCCGUGUGUAAAUGCAUCAUUGAUUUUCUGCGUGUGAUUGUUGUUGACUCGCUGGGCUUGAAUAUGCAUGGCAAGGCCACGCCUGUUAUUGAUAUGGUUUUGGAUGCUGCUCCCGAGACAGGAGAAUUGCCGUUGCAAGUGCAAUACCAGACGCAGAUCAUCAUUGCUCUGAUGGAUCAUCUUCUAGCCGCAGAUGUUCUGGUGGGCGAGCAGGCAGCAUUACCCUUGGUGCCCAUUCUACAAAGUCAGACGCAACACAUUGCCCCGAAUGUCUUCUAUCUAACUGCCCGCAUUGUGGACAAGCUGUGGCAAGGAUGCCUCACACGAAAUCCUCAUGAUAUCUUUGACUUUGUCAUCAAGCUAAUUGCGCAGGCAAAGAGAAGAUCCUCAUCACUGUCAUUGGAGCAUUUGCAUCAUUCAUUGAAUCGUAGUAUUUUGUUUUUGCUCUCUCGUCCCACCGAUGAUUCCAUAGCUGAGCAAAUGAGUGUCCUCGAGGCGUUACAUAAGAUUAUACAACAUCGACUCCUAAUCUUUGGUGCUGGCAAUCAUGAAUUGGAGUUUAUUGGAUGCUUAACUUAUUGUCUACUACAAUUGACGGCGGACAUGAAGAUUAUUUUAGAGCCAGCCACAAGUCGUAAUACCACAUGGCAUGUGAAUCCACAAACCGAAACAACAGAGCCCAAAGAUGAGGAUCUCACUCAAUUGCAAGGUCGCAAUCUCAUCGUAGGCGCCGCAUUUCGUGUCUGGGAGGAGUUAUAUGUCUGCAAGAAACCCGCCAUUGAGGAGGUCUUCAAAAUCUCACUCACUCCACCGCCACCCAACUCGAAGGCUCCAGAUUUGCAUACCACCAGGGAGCAGGUAAUGGAGCUGGCAUCCAAGCUAUGGUUCAAUUAUGUCGAGGCCGAGCGUAAGGCUUCCUAUCGAGUGCCUUGGGAGCUGCAUAAUCAAAUACAAUCAAAGAUUCAGAAGGUCACCGGUGGCCUGACUCGUCUGGCCAGUCGGACAAAGGUCAAAAAGGAUGAACUGGUGCGCACCAAGUCAAAUAUGAGUCGUGAGGCGGCCUAUGAGUCCACAGGGAUACAUGUGCAAUUAAUCAAGGAUCUGCUAGACUUGCGACUGAAGCAAUAUCAACAAAUGCUGCAACACACCCAGCGUUAUGUCUAUCAGGAUUGGGUGCAAUCGGAAACGGAGCUGACGCGGGAACGUGGUUUAUGGGGUCCUGCUGGCUGUUGUUCUCUCGAUAAGUGGAUAUUGGACACAACUGAGGGACCUCAUCGCAUGAGAAAGAAAACCAUGCGGAACGAUCUAUUUUAUUUGCAUUAUCCGUAUCGUCCAGAGCUCGAGUUAGCCGACAAUCGUCAGCUUAAGUACAAAGUGGCCUCAAGUUUGGAUAGUAAAACCUAUUUUCAACAUGGUCCGCAACAACCACGAAUACUGGCCGAUGCCGGAGAGCAUUCCAUACAACAGCAAAGCUCUUUGGAGGCAGCCACCGCACAUCGCUUAGAAGCUAGUAACUCAACAUCGACCCCACCACCGCCGGUUUCACCGAAAUUGCUGCAACAUCAACACCAUGGAGCACCCUAUCCUCAGGAAUCUUUAGAUGGCACAACCCAGGAGGAUGAUGAAGAAGAAGAGGACACUUCCAUGACCAGCGAAAAUGAGACUUUCUUGCGUUUACUGGAAGAGCAAGAGAAGAUAAGCUUCAUGUUUCGUUGUGCUAGAGUUCAGGGUUUGGAUACGUUUGAGGGCUUGCUCCUAUUUGGCAAGGAACAUUGCUAUAUAGUCGAUGGAUUCACGCUGCUAAAGAACAGAGAGAUUAGAGACAUAGAUACACUACCUCCUGGAGCCUAUGAACCAAUCAUACCCAAUUCGGGAGGCACCACCUCAACCACACCGCGGGCGGUUAGUCAUAAACUGAGACAGUGUUCGAAAUUCGCCUAUGAAGAGAUACGAGAAGUCCAUAAGAGACGAUAUCUACUCCAGCCGAUAGCCUUGGAAGUGUUCUCCGAAGAUGGCCGCAAUUAUCUACUCAGUUUUCCACGUAAGGUGAGAAACAAAGUGAACCAACGAUUCCUCGCUCUGGCCACAGCGCUCAAUGACAAUGCCCAGCAAUCGGUGGCUGGUCAGAAACGUACAGCCAGUGUGGAGCAAACGUCUGGCAUUUUCAGCGGCCUGAUUGGCGAAACUUCUGUUACCCAACGGUGGGUUCGUGGCGAAAUCUCCAAUUUCCAAUAUCUAAUGCAUUUAAAUACGCUCGCCGGUCGUAGCUAUAACGAUCUCAUGCAAUAUCCAGUUUUCCCCUGGAUUCUGGCCGACUAUGAUUCCGAGGAGUUAGACUUUACGAAUCCAAAGACAUUCCGGGAUUUCUCUCGUCCCAUGGGUGCACAGGCUGAGGAGCGAUUGGAGCAGUUCCAGAAACGUUUCAAAGAAUGGGACGAUCCACAUGGCGAGACGCCACCAUAUCAUUACGGAACUCAUUACAGUUCGGCAAUGAUUGUCUGCUCAUAUUUGGUGCGAUUGGAGCCCUUCUCCCAGCCGUUCCUUAAACUACAAGGUGGUCAUUUUGAUCUGGCCGAUCGUAUGUUCCAUAGCAUCAAAGAGGCUUGGUUAUCGGCCUCGAAACUCAAUAUGGCCGAUGUUAAAGAGUUGAUUCCCGAAUUCUUCUACUUGCCUGAGUUUUUGAGUAAUUUCAAUAAUUUCGAUUUGGGCACUAAACAGAAUGGUGAAACCUUAAACCAUGUCAUAUUGCCACCUUGGGCCAAACAGGAUCCCAGAGAGUUUAUACGUUUGCACAGAAGUGCCCUGGAGUGCGACCAUGUUAGUCAACAUUUGCAUUUGUGGAUUGAUUUGAUUUUUGGUUGCAAACAACAGGGACCUGCCGCUGUUGAUGCUGUCAAUGUGUUCCAUCAUCUUUUCUACGAGGGCAAUGUGGACAUCUACAACAUUGAUGAUCCUUUGAAAAAGAAUGCUACAAUUGGCUUUAUCAAUAACUUUGGCCAAAUACCGAAACAGCUCUUUAAGAAAGCUCAUCCUGCCAAGAAAAUGGGCAACUCCAGGCAUUCGGCAUUAAUUGAUCCCACUGCUCUGAUACAAGGAAACAGCACAGUGCUUCAGACCGACCGUCUGUUCUUCCACAAUUUGGAUAAUCUAAAGCCAAGCCUGCAGCCCAUCAAAGAGCUUAAGGGCCCAGUGGGCCAAAUAUUACAACCAGAUAAGACUGUUUUUGCUGUGGAACAAAAUAAGGUUAUGAUGCCACCGUCGUAUACGAAAUACAUAGCCUGGGGAUUCGCUGAUCAUUCCCUGCGUGUUGGACUCUAUGACACGGAUCGUGCAUCGUUUGUUUCCGAGGCUGCUGCUCAGAAUUCCGGAGAGAUCCUUACCUGUGCCUGUCCCAAUGCCAAAAUGAUUGUCACCGCUGGAACCAGUUCGGUUGUAACAAUUUGGAAGUUCGAUGCGAAUCGUAAGAGUUUGAGUGUCCGACAUUCUCUCCAUGGGCACACUGAUGCUGUCACCUGUUUGGCGGCCAGCGCUGCUUAUAAUGUCAUUGUGUCGGGCUCAAGAGAUGGCACAGCCAUUGUUUGGGACAUGUCUAGAUUCACCUUUGUCCGACAGCUGCGUGGUCAUGCCGGAGUAGUGGCGGCUGUGGCCAUUAAUGACCUUACUGGAGAAAUUGCCACAUGCUCCGCCACAUGGUUGCAUGUUUGGUCCAUUAAUGGCGAUGCCCUAGCUAUGGUUAACACGUGUAUUGGAAGUGCUGACCGAAUGCAGCAAAUUCUAUGUGUGGCCUUCUCACAAAUACGCGAAUGGGACCAACAGAAUGUGGUCAUUACCGGCUCCACAGAUGGAGUGGUUAGAAUGUGGUCUUUGGAACACACUCAGGUGCCUAUUGAUCGCAAACUGAAGCGCGGCAUAGAAGUCAACUCGCAGGACAAACCUGAUUCUGCUUCCCUUGAUGACAACAAGGGCAACAAAGCAGACAAAAUGGCCAUUUUUAAGCAAAUGAAGAGUCUCUCACAACCAGAGAAACAACAUGACAUUGUUAAGUCCGCCUCGGAGAGUAGCAUUUCAGAGGCAUCUCAGCACAGCAAUGAGUCUAGCAAAUCUGCUGAGGCAAGUGUAAGCAAACUAGAGGCUCCUACAGAGCGCAGAAAGAGUUCCAUAUCGGGAGCCAAGUCACUGCACGAAAUGAAAUCCGCUACGGUUGAAGCACCAGGCAGCAGUUCAGAUCACAAGGGAACUGAUGAAGAGCACAUCAUAAGACCAAGUAAAUCCGAUACAAGCCUAACAGAUGGUUUUGUUGUCAUUGACAAUGAUCGACAACGUGGCGAGCAGGCACUAAGAAAGGGCUUUAAAUGGCAACGUCAAUUAAUGUUUAGAUCGAAAUUAACAAUGCAUACAGCCUAUGAUCGAAAAGAUAAUGCCGAACCGGCUAGUAUAACAGCACUAACAGUAUCAAAAGAUCAUAAGAUACUUUAUGUCGGUGAUGCCCGUGGUCGCAUUUUUUCAUGGAGUGUCACUGAACAACCCGGCCGAGGGGUAGCCGAUCAUUGGUUAAAAGAUGAAGGGGCCGAUCAGUGUGUCAAAUGUCACGUUAAAUUCACUCUAUAUGAACGUAAACAUCAUUGCCGCAACUGCGGACAGGUUUUCUGUAAUAAAUGCAGUCGCUUCGAAUCGGAAAUAUCUCGUUUACGAAUUAUUAAACCUGUUCGAGUAUGUCAGGCAUGUUAUAGUCAGUUGCGCACCAAUUCGCUGGACAAUUAGUUUAAUUAAUUUAUUUAUUUUUAAAACACUUAAAAGACGUUUAAGAGCAUUCAAUAAUUUUAUAAUUGUAUAUUUGCAAGUGUAAUAUUUUAUUUGUUUUUUUAAAUCAACACAAACCAUGGCGAGCUGACAACCAAAGGCUGUUAUAUGAUUUUAUAUAUCUUUUAUUAUUAUUAUAAAUUAUUUAAA